GCAGCAAAGCCGUGCCACGUAAUUUAAGGAGAUCAAUAAAAUCCGUGGUGCCCGCAACACACACAACAUCCGAAUAGUAUUUAACGCCAAAUCUCUUGUUUAAGAACCAUUGUGAUAUUUAUUAGUAUUUUAGCAUCCCCUCGUUCAACCGUUUCGGUUAAUAUAUUGUGUAUCGUGUACGCGAAACUUCAAUUGGCAGUGCGGACGCUGUGUAUACGCAAAUAUCUGUGCGCAUUGGGAUUAAAACACGACUCCGUAAAAUGACUAUAGAUGACCCCCUCUACUUUUACUAGUUGUUCCUUUGGCGUCCAUAUUUGUGUAUCUCUGGCUGGCCAGACUGAUAUGAAGCACUAGUGAUGAUGCGCGCCCCAUUUCCCUCCGAGCCGAAGUCUACAUUUCCUACCUACCAAGUGCCUCAACAACAAGAGUCAGCCACCAUGCGGGGCAGCGCAGCCGUACCCCCAGUACAAGUCGCAGGGGCCGGUCGGGGGGGUCGAGCCGGCCCCCCGAGCGGUCCCCCCCCGGGCCCCGUCGCGCAACGACGCGACGACGGUCCCGCCAUGUCUGUGAUAACGAACGGCUCAAGUUGCCGCCGCCCGCGCACGUCGGGCCGGGACAACUCUAAUGUUAAGAUGCAAUCUGUGACCGAAAACUGUCUUCUGAACUACUCUACUGUUACCGUACCAAAUAGACAACGUAAUGGCCGACCUAAAUCGGCCGCCCACAAUAAUAGCGAUAAGUUAGAUAGUAAGUUUGGUGCUUUAUCCUUCGGACGAGACAUUCCCAACAAAAAGUCUGAUGACCUCGAAGUACUCGACGCUUACGACUACUGCAACAGCGACGACACUAGCCCAUUAACGAUCCUCGUACGCUUCUGCAGCAACAACAGCAACCUCACCGACGACAACAACACAGCAGCAACACUCACCGACCUAGUCGAUCGAUUCGUCGCAACAGUGACGAGCGACAAUGAUGAAGACGACGUCGAUAGCCGCAGGCAAUCGACAAGGACCAACAACGACGAACAUGCCCCGAAUGUGACCAAACCGAACGACGCCCCCGUUGCUGGAACGAGAUACUCCGUACCCCUGAGAUUGAGGGGCGGUGGCGAGAGCUCCCUGAGCACGGGCACCUCCAACUGGGGAAGCCCGCCCAGCCAACAGGCCAGCAACAACAAUGCGAGCAGCACGAGCGGCUGGGGUUCCGCGAAUCCGGCCAACCAAAACACGGCCGGCACCCAGCAAUGGAAUAACAAUGCUAAUCGACCACCGACUUCCAACCAAGGACCCACGGCGCAGGAUGCCAACAAAGUGAACGCAAACGGACAACAGCCGCCCACAUCUCAGCAAUCGAACAACACGAGCGGCUGGCCGAAUAAAACGGCGAGCGGAGGCACCGGCACCGGACCAGCCCCAAACGCCACCACCCCCGGCUCGAACAAUCCACCGAACAACAACAAUGGACCGACGACCAACACGACCAAACAGCAACUCGAGCAGCUGAACAACAUGCGCGAGGCGAUCUUCAGCACCGAAGGAUGGGGUGCCCAGCAUGUGAACCAAGACACCAACUGGGACAUACCCAGCAGUCCCGAACCCAUGAAGAUGGACGGUUCCGGGCCGUCGCCCUGGAAACCGACCGUGAACAAUGGCACCGAUCUGUGGGAGGCGAAUCUGCGUAAUGGCGGCCAACCGCCGCCGCAACCGCAACAGAAGACGCCGUGGGGUCACACACCGUCGACCAACAUAGGCGGCACGUGGGGCGAAGACGACGACACGGACACCAGCAAUGUGUGGACGGGAGUGCCGUCCGGCCAACAACAGUGGGGCGGCAACACCAACAACGGCGCCAUGUGGGGAGGUCCGAAAAAGGACGGCGGCGACUGGACGGCCAGCGGAGCGGGCGGAGGCGGCGGCGGCUGGGGUGAUCCCCGUUCCGCCGAUCCGCGACAGCAGGCGGCCGCCGCCGUCGCGGCAGCCGCCCAAGGCAUGGAUCCGAGAGAGAUGCGUGGCGGAGCCGGUCCGGGCGGUGCCCAAGGCGGAGGUGGCGGCGCCAGCGACGCGCAGAUGCGCCUCAUGGAUCCGAGGGAGCAGAUGCGUCAGCUGACUGCGGCCGGCGCCAGCGACAUGCGAGGAGAUCCCCGAGGUAUUACGGGCAGAAUAAACGCCGGAGGCGCGGAAGCAUUCUGGAGCCAGUCGGGACACCCCAGUGGACCCCAACACAUGCACCACCAGGGUAAGAUGCCGGUAGGACCGGGCAAUGGUGCCGGCGGCUGGGAAGAACCAUCGCCACCAACACAAAGAAGAAAUAUGCCACCGAACUAUGACGACGGAACAUCCCUGUGGGGUAAUCCCAACCAAGGAGGCUCUCACUGGAAAGAUCUGCCCACAGGGGCGGGCAUGGGUGGCGGCGGCCGCGGUAGCGGCAACGGACCGCCCGGCAUGGCGCAGGGCGGUGGAGGUCGCCUCAAACCCGACGCCGGUCCCGUAUGGGGCCAUCCUGGACGUAAUGGUGGCGGUUCCUGGGACGACGUCGGUCCCGGUGGUGGAGCCGGUGGCGGCGGCGGCUGGGAUGAUACCGUAGGUCCGUGGGCCAAACAGAAAAUGGGCGGCGGCGGUGGCGGUCCAUUGUGGGGCGAUAGCGAAAUUGACUGGGCCCAUAAACAGGGCAAACAACAGCUCACCAAAGAAAUGAUUUGGAACUCGAAGCAGUUUAGAAUGCUCGCCGAACUUGGACACAAGAAAGAGGACAUCGAAGUGGCUUUGCGCAUGAGGGACAUGAACUAUGAUGAGGCGAUGGAGAUGCUGGGUCCGUUGCGACGAGACGGCUGGGGUGGCCGCCAUGACGAUCACUAUGACCAUUCGCAGUUCUCUGGUCAACGGUUUCCCAGCGGACCGGGAGGAGGCGGCGGUCAGAUGGGCUUCCCACCAUCGAACGCCGGUCCCAAUCUUAUAGGCAACAUGAACAACUCCUCGGCCAGUGCCAACAAUCUGAUCAACAAUAUCCCACCUGCCACUGUUCAGAAACUACUCACCGGAGGUUCGCAAGGAUUUGGAAAUUCUUCAGCUUCAGCCUCCGGCCGUACCUUACAACAAAAUCAACCCUCGACACAACAGCUACGUAUGCUCGUGCAGCAAAUUCAAAUGGCCGUACAGGCUGGCUAUCUCAAUCACCAGAUUCUUAAUCAACCAUUGGCACCACAAACUUUGGUCCUGCUCAAUCAACUCUUGCAACAAAUAAAGACACUACAGCAACUAGUGCAGCAGCAACAAAUUGCCCAAAAUCAAGUAAUUAACGGCAAACCGACUAACAAUUAUUCUUUGCAAUGUUCGGUGCUCAUCACCAAAACCAAGCAGCAGAUUGGUAAUCUACAGAAUCAAAUCGCCGCUCAACAAGCCAUAUAUGUGAAACAACAAAACUCAAUGGGCGGCGGUCCUGACAUUUUCAAAACAAGUGCUCCAAUGCACGAUUCCCUCAACGCGAUGCAGUCUAAUUUCGCCGAUUUGGCCAUAAAAGAUCCACAGGUUUCAAUGUUGGCUUCUCUCGGUGAUGGCAGUGGUGGCGCUAUGUUGUCCGGCCGGGGUGGCGGCGGCGGUGGCAUGUUGCAGAACCAGCAGCAAUCGCGGCUGACUCAAUGGAUUAGCAAAGACAAGGAAGAUGGCAAUGAGUUUAGCCGCGCUCCCGGCUCUGCUUCAAAGCCGUUGGUCACCUCGCCCAACAUGAAUCCUCUACUAUCACAAUCCGACGGUGUUAUUGAUUUCAGUCCGUGGUCAAGUGGCCGGUCUGGAGACACCGGUUGGCCAGACUCCGGCGGCGGUGACAGUUCCAACGACGUGAAAGACGCACAGUGGUCGACGCCCGCUCAACCAUCAUUGACUGAUUUAGUACCUGAAUUCGAACCUGGAAAGCCCUGGAAGGGCAACCAAAUAAAAUCGAUCGAAGACGACCCCAGUAUUACGCCUGGUUCGGUGGUGCGUUCUCCACUGUCAAUUCCCACAAUCAAAGACUCUGAAAUUUUCAUGAAUCCGAGCAAAUCUCCGCCGGCAAAUGACUCGAUCCAACCUUUGACACUCAACUCGUCCACGUGGAGUUUCAAUCCACCUUCCUCGACUACAUCUAGUGCAUUCACUAGUCCUCAGAAUAAACUUCAGAGCACAAACGGCGGCCUGGCCGACCUGAACCCAUCUACCGCCGUCACAUCGGAACUGUGGGCGGCGCCAAAGUCUCGUCCUCCGCCCGGUUUAUCGGCUAAAGGAUCACUUGCCAACGGAUGGUCUACCGGCGGUGCUGGUAGCAACAUCGUUGGUGGCACUGUCUCGUGGGGUGGUGGCGGACAACGUUCGUCCGGCAAUUGGGGUGGCAGCCCAUCCGCGUGGCUCCUGCUCAGGAACUUGACUGCUCAGAUUGACGGUUCCACUUUGAGAACACUUUGUAUGCAACAUGGACCUCUGCAGAACUUCCACUUGUACCUGCAUCAAGGUUUUGCCCUUGCUAAAUACUCAUCCCAACAAGAAGCCACAAAAGCGAAAUCGGCGCUCAACAACUGCGUGUUGGGCAACACGACAAUCUUGGCGGAGAAUCCAAGCGAUUGGGACGCGAGUGCGCUGCUCCAGCAGGUCGCUAGUCAGCAAAACUCGUCGGGCGGUUGGCGCGGCAGUGCCGGUAAACCGGCCGCCGGCGCCGACACCUGGAGCUCCGGUGGCUGGCCGAACGCUCCGACGUCUAGCCUGUGGGCGAACACGCCGUUGGACAGCGCCGACCAGUCCAGGGCCACGCCAUCCAGCCUCAACUCGUUCCUGCCAAACGAUCUGUUGGGCGGCGAAUCGAUGUAAAACCGCCCGCCGUCUCCCAUCCGGACGACACGCCCUAUAGAUGAGUACUCUCUCACCAAUACCACACACAUGCAAACAUAAUUUUUUAUUGUUGAAUAAUGAUUACCAUUCGUUUCACUGCGUCCAUAUCGUGCACGGACUGAACUCCUUAGACUGUUUACACGAAACGACUGCCUACAGGUUCGAGAUGCGAUUCUGUAAAAUGAAUGUAAUCGAAUGAAGAUGUUGGUUCUGUGCAAUCGCAACGAUCAAGCUGCCAUCACGAGAUUCGGUCUAGCGGUCUAGGGUUGUCAAUCAGUCAAUUUAAAAUCAAAGUGCUAAAAUUUUACUAUACCAUUUUAAAUGUUUUUAUAUAUAUAUAAAUAUUAACAAGUAUAAUUGUCCAAAGUUUAAAAAAAAGAUAUUUAUUCUAUUUAGCUAUCAUUUUUAUUGUUAUAUAUAUAUACAUGUAAAGUUUUAAUUUUUAUGGUGAUUUAAUAGUUGUUGCUUCAAGAGUAUGUUUUUGUUAUUUUUUUCAUUCUCGUUCACAAGUUGGAGCCUUCGAAAAGCUGAUUGACGGAUGCAAUCUCGUUAUUUGUUUAAGUUUUUCAUUUUCGGUUGCCAUUUUUUUAUUUAUUGAGUGCAGAUUGCGUCCUAAAAAGACACAAAAACUAUUAGGCUCCAAUCCGUGUCGAGAAUAAAAGUACUAUUACGAAUGAAUGUGGUGAGAUUUAAUAGAAUACAUAAUAAACGAGGAAAUUAUGAUUUACUAUGAAAUAAUAGAAUUGUGUCGAGACUAUUGCCACGGACAAUGACUUAAAACUGACGACUGAAGACCACACGCCUGGUACAAAAGCGAAUAUGUAUAUCUGAUUUUAAAACGCGGAAAGGGAAACUGUAAAUCUCAAAUCACGACAGAUUUACUAAGUUAAUUUAUACACGUGAAAUCUCAAAUCUAGUCAACUUCCGACAAUUGUAGUCCCACUAUUUUUGAUAUUAUUGAGACUGAAGAUGUCAUGUAAGGGCUGUACAUGUCAAGAUUUUGUUAAUUUAAAUGUGUUAAUUCCAGUCCUCAAGUUUCAUCGAAUUUGCUGAUAAACAAACUGAAACAAUUCCAUUGUUGAUGAAUCAAAUAUGUUAAAAAUUGUUUUUUUAUUUAACUUAAUAAAUACAUGUAGUGAUAGUAUUUGUUGUUUUCCGUUGUUUUUAAGGUGUGGUCGACCGAUACCAUGAGGCGUUUACUUGUUUUCCACGAUUUUGCGCUCAAUCUCGUAUCUUAAAAACGCACUUAAUGUGACAUGUAACCCGAACUAGUCCAAGAUAAAGCAAGGUUAAUUAAUUAUAUAUAUCUAUAAAAUAUUAUAGUAUAUAUUUAUGAAACAUUUGCGACCAAACUCAGUACUCUCAUGUAUUAAAAUAUAUAAACAAAUUUUUAAUUAACACGCUACGCUGUCUCUCAUAAACCUAGAUAUUUUCCUAUUAUUAGAUUAUGUUUAGUAAAUUAGCGAUUAUUUUCAUUAUUUAAUUCGUACCUUAUUUUAUUAUUAUAAUUUUUUGUAUGUGUUUCCCAGUGCGGAAGUCGGUCCCGAAACGUUGCUUUGUUAACCCCAGAGAUAACCUGUGAUCUCCGAUUCCUUAUACACCUAUAUAUAUCAAAACGAAACAAAACAUGGAUUACUGAACACACAUACAAAGUAAAUCGUUGUUAUUUGGAUAAAGGCGGAAUCGUUUACUGACGUACCGCCUCAUAAUAACACCACACAAUCAGUUUUAGACUGCACGCUAUAAGUAUUCUUAAAUUAGUAAUAAAAACACAAUAUUAAUAAUAUUGAUAGCUGAUAAUAUAUAUCGUUCUAAUUAAUAAAGUUUAUUAUGUAUACCUAAAAAUAUAUAAUAUUCUGUGUACUACUGUGUAUGUUAGCCGUUUAGAUUUUUUGGAUAAUGUUAUGAUUAGUCCAUAUUCUGUGAUUUCCGAGUGUCCCAAAAAUAAUUAAAAAAUAAAAAACUACACAUGACCCCGCGGGGGUGCUUAAUGUGGCGUUCGCAGAAUGCGAUGCCAAAUUCGAAUUUUAACCAGCGUACAUGUAUAUAAAAAAAAUUGGUGCGAAAGAGAACCGGCACCGACAGAAAAAAUAAGAGAAUAACUCUCCCACCGGAUCGUUUCACGUCUAUUCCCUGCGAAGCUUUAAAAAAAACAAUUAACCGUGUGGCAGUUACAACACGUGUCAAUCCGUAUUAAAAACCGCACCGCUGGAGGCACGAAAGUUGCAGACUGACGCCGUAAAAACAAUGAAGGGCGUGUCGUUUCUGUGAUCCCCAGCCGGGUUGGAUGGAAGAACCAUUGGCCAUCGAAAUUUUCACUAACUUGUCGAUAUCAUAUCUAGUCCUAUGUAUUUAAAAAGUAAUAAUUUUAAGUCCCCUCCACGGCCAAAGUUACCCUGUUCAAGCGUGCAAGCCUCCGUGUUGUGACCAAAGACUGACUCCGAAAGAUCCACAUGAACAACACCACACGAUUGAUCCAACAUGUGGUAAUGGUGGGAACGUGCCCGCGUGCAAGGAGACUAAGUGCAAGGUGUACAAAAAUUCGGUUCUCUUUCGGUUGUGUGCUGUGCGAUUUAUUCUGUUUUUUGUUUUUUAUUAUUCUUUCGUUGGCCGCAAACUCCCGCGGGACAAUUUUUGCCCGGUCGCGGGCGUCAUCAACUAUAUACAGGUUCUGAUGCAUUAUUGACUAAAUAUUUAUUCAAGUACACAACUGUGCUGUGACUCUUAAGUGGCUUUUUAAUUUAAUAAAAAAUAAAAUGAAAAAACAACUAAAUACAACAAAAAAAAAUAUCGAGUAUUUUGUUUAAACUGAAGCUCAUUUUUUUGUAGCUUAGCUUUUACACGGCCCACACGUCCUCCCAUUCACCCACUAUAUCACAACAUUCUGCGUCAGUCAAACUGGAUAUCAAAAACAUGAUAAAUUUGACAGUGGGCGCGUGACGUCAAAACCUUCGGCGUCUCCCACCCACCGCUUAUAAAGACAUCGCUUUCCGAUUUUCGGGAAGGACACGGUUACUUGUUCUUGGACGACUUGCCCCCUCCCCCAUUCACCCCUCUGUGGGUUUUUCCGUUGAUUUUUCGAUCGACCCGCCAACUGUCUGGAAUUGGGAGCUUUAAUUCGGCAUUUAUUUCACGUCAGAUGGUGCAAUUUUCUAAACAGUUCGACUUGACGGGUCGAUCGAAAAUUUCGAUGUUUGCACGGCAAAUCGUCUAUGGGGAAUGUGCCGAUAGGUGGUCGUUUGUGUCGAGUUUCGAUUUCAAGAAAUACCUAAGUAAACUUUUUGCCAAUCUAGAGUAUGUGUACAUGUAGUAGAUAGGUUAACAUUUAACGAUAUUACUUAGCGUUUAAGAAGUUUGUAUGUAGUAAAAAGGGUAUAUUGUUUCAUGUUGAGUGUCUGAAGGAAACUGGCGAUUCGGGGCCGAAAGUUUCGCGUAGGACCAAAGCGUCAGAUACGUUGAUGUUGUUCUUUAACUAAAUGUGUAACAAUUGAGAUUUUAUGUCGGGUUGCUAGUAAUAGAAAAUAAAAAACAAACAAACGGUGUGAGAUGAAAACGCAAAAAGGACCUGUAUUAAAAAAAUGCCAUAUGGUUGGUAAUGACAUGAGUCGACUAAAAUUAGACUAAAUAUUUACUUAUAGUAUAACAAUGUACCAAAUCUAGAGAAUUGUUUUAAUAUUAUUAUUGUUUAAUGAAUCAGUUGAUAGGGUAUUUUUGAAUAAGAAUAAUAAUAGUUAUAAGUUUUAAAAACCAAUUAAAAAACACACAAAAAAAAUGGAAUGCUGGGCAGUUGUAUUAGGCUUAUCCAAGACAAGACUCUGUGGUCGUCUUGAGGGUAUCAAACACGUGCACAAGUUUAAAAACAAGAAGGAAAAACGGUUUCUUUGUACGUAUCACAUUUUCCUACAUAAAACAAGCCUGUACCUAUUUGAAAACAUACCUGUGUAUUCGUUCCGCAUUUUAAAAACUGCAACUGCCAAGUUGGUAUUGUGAUUUACUUACUAUAUAUAAUAUAAUAUAUAUAUAAAUAUUUAUAUAUCAAGUGUGCAUUAUAGUUAAGACUGUUGCUAGCACGUUUACAGGUGACUUCCCUAAAACGUGGGCAGUCGGUAAUAUUCUAUGUCUGAUUUGUGUACCUUCAGAAAUGUAGUUUUAGCAUUGUUUAUUUAAUAACAAAAAUAUGGAAGAAAAAAAAUAAACUUAAAAAAUAAUACCUAGUUUUUAAGACAAGCUCAGCUUUCGAUUAUGUAAAUAGGGUUCUGCACAAUAAACAAAAAUAUAGUAGAGAUGUGGCCGAUUUUUCGGACUAUUCUAUACAUGAACAUACACACCCUCAAUUUAACUAAACGGGAUAUACACGGAUCUCUUAAUUGCUCGUAAUCUUUGAUCACUAUAAGAAAAAAAGUGAAUUUCGCGAAAUCGACUCUGAAAAUCCCGUUUAUUGUAUGUAUGAUUCCAUUAUAUAUUGUGAUACGUAUUGAUCAACGGUGACAGGCAAUAACGUAAAGACAACACACAACAUGUUAUCCGUGUUUAGUUAAAUUAACAAGUAUGUUGGUAUCCUCCCCCUCCCCCGAUAAUGAAGGGCAAAAAUUGUUGAUUGUAUUGAAUGUAUGAAAAUUCGUCUGCCCCUUUUCUAUAUAAGAUACCUGAAUCACGCAAUACUAUUUAUUAUAACUAUGAAUGUUUAUUAAUCAUCAACGAAAAAUAUGUCAAAAAUAAUACACGUAUUCUACCCGGAACAGCGUCGAAUGUGAAUUGUGACGAAAAUGCAACAGACAAAAUGAUAAAUGAAGACCAAAAACCUGUACGCGGUAGAGUUUCGUUGUUAUUCGACUUUUUGUACAAUCAAUAUAUCGACCGAUUUCAUACGUAAUAAAUGGAUCUACAAAGUGUAAUAGAUAAACGCCAAUCCUCACAAUCCAAAACAAACAAAAAAAUUUAAACAAGAAGUGUAGAAAAUAUAGUAUUUGAUUUAGGUUUACAGUAUUUGUGAUCAAAGUGCCACUUGUGUUUCAAGUAUAUAAUUAAUCAUUCUCGCCACAUAUAUCUUAUAUAUUAAUUAAAGAAUAUAUUAUAUGAACAUAUAUGGUACAUAGAAUGGCAUAUCUGCCUUAGAUUAGGGUAAAAAUUUCGGUGUUCGGUAGUUGUAAGGUUGUUUAACUGAGCUUAUUAAUCUCGGACUUUAGCCGCGCGGUUUUAAACUCGAAUAAGUGAAUAAAAUGUGGAGAAUCAUUGAAACUGGUUGUUAAAACGGGCGCGACCAAAGUUCCGCGGCGUUGGCAAUAUACUAGUGACAUUUUUUCAUGAGUGGCUGUUGUUUUUUAUUACUACUACUACUACUACUACUACUACUAUUACUACUACUAUAUUAUAUUAAUUAAUGAAGACUUUAAAAUGCCAAAGUUUAUAAGUGUGAAAUUUUUGAAAAUGUGUUUUUGCGUUGUUUUUUCCUCGAGCCAUAUCAGUAAUAAUCUUAAUGAUAAUUGAUAUAAUUAAUUAAUAUUGAUAGAUAAUGCCAACGUGAUGAUGAAAAUUUGCACUAAACACGAGGUUAGCAGUUGAACCGUUACAUAUAUGCAAAAUAAAGAUCAUUGAAAAUGUGACAUUCCUGAAGUUUGAAACAUUCACAAGGUUACAAUGAAGUCUGCCAAAAAUAAUACAAUUUAAAAAGAAAAAACAAAUGAAAAUUUUUGACUAUAUUUAAAGUGUAAUGUGUAGAUGUAAAUAUAAAAUUAUUUUUAUGAUCGGCAAUAAUAAAUAAUUUUUAAAAUGUAUUUUAGCCUUCCUUACAUUAUAUAUACAAAGUUUUUUAUCUGUUUGAAAUUAUGGCCAGUAUAAAUAUUAUCAAAAAAAUAUAACAAUAAUAGCCGUUCACCUUCUUUAAGCCAAAGCAAUGGUGUUACAAAAAUUACAAUAACAGCAUCUCUCCACCCUGACAUAUCCUAAUAAAGUCUUUAAAAUGAAUGAAAAUUGCCACUAGUAUCAAUCAGUCGUUUCAAAAAUGUAAUUUUUGAAGCAUUGUUCAAAUUCCAGUCUUCUUGAGUUUCUGUUUUCGUGGGAGCGAGGUUUUAAGGAAUGGUUGGGCGGCCAAUUUCAAAUGAACAAAUCACUCAAAAUAAUUUAAAAAAAAAACAACUUCAUCACGCUUCUGCUUUUAGGGUAAAAGAAAACUAGUUGCAAUGUUCACCAUAUUUGAUAAUUGAAUACCAAAUGAUGUGCCUCUAUUAUUAUUAUAUUAACCAACUAACUGAACGUGACCAGCCGGGUCCUAGCUCUUCAAUAUUUAUAAAUGUCUUAAUAGACCUAAGCUUUAAAUUUGUGAGGUAUUUAUCCCUUUUUACCCUGUUGUAGACUGUUACACGAAAAACGUUGAGUUCAGACUUUUUUAACCGAUUCGACGGGCGCGACGGAAUGCACCACGCAGUUGCUGUAGAAAGGAUUAAUAAAAUUCUCUGUCGAGAAUAUUAUUGACCACUCACUACCAUAGCUUGCGUGUCGUGUUUCGGAACGGUCCCGUUACCAUAUAAGCAAAUGUGAUGUAAAAUUUCGAUAUUUUUAGUAGUAUGUACCUCAACCACACGGUUGCGUUGUGAAUCUUGCUGUUCGUUGUGCAAAAAAAAAAUAAAUGUCUGAUUCUAAGUCGUAAAAAGGUUGGUGGGUAUUUUUAGCAUAAGUUACACUUAAAAAAUUCGUUACUUAAGGCAGCAUUUUAGUCAAUUAGUAUUACAACUAGUGCAAUACUUUUUCCUUUCCAAGUAUUAUUUUUUACCAUACGCUUUUCAGUUCUAGUGUGUUAUUGAUUAAGUGCAGUCCCUUCGGUUUUGUUUUAAUUUGAUACUCGUUAAUUUUAAAAUUUCACUGCACACUUGUUUCUUGCCAUCUCAUUGAUUAUUUUAAUUCGAUACGACAUACCAAAGACAUCGUGUCAUAAUUGUUUCUUGUUUUUAAAUUCCUCUCUAACGAAAUAUCCCGCCAAAAUCUUCCACAUCAAAGGUUGUGAUAGUGUUGUAGUUUUUUGUAUUAAUUCCAUGUGCUGAAUGCGUUGUUUUAUAUUAUUGUUUUUUCAUAUACAUUCUCAUCAAUUCAAUAUAUACAGGAUUAAUUAACUAUAAUUGCAGCCGCGGAAAUGUCGUACUUAAUACUGUUCCGCGGGUUCUUCCUUCAGUUAAAAGUAAAUUGGCGAUUUUUUUUACGAAAGAAAAAAAAUCUACGUUCCUCUGCCUUAAGCGUCGUCUACUUAAUUAGUCCUUGAAUUUACGCCGGACAAGAUUGUCAAUUUACUUGAACAACAUUAUUGGUUAUCAUCAUCAGUCAGUUCUUACAAUUAAGUGUGUUGUAACAGCACAAAAUCUAAGUGCCUAAAGAUGUGCAAUUCAUAAUUACUAUAACCAGGGCCUGACCUGUACAGGGUUUUAAAAAAACAAUUUUUAGACGAAUCCGAGAUUUGUAUUUGUAUAAAAAAAUCUAAAAAAUCAAACAACAUGGUCUAGCCCCACUGUAUAAACUACACAUGCUAGGAAAAAAAUUAUAAAUAUAGUAAAAUAAUUGAGAUGAAGAGUUUUGUUUGUUUGUCACUGACGGACUCCGUUACGUUUGAACGUUUGAUGCACUUCACGCGUAACGGAAAUCAGCGGUCAAAAUAAGAUUUACGAGAUCUCGAUUGGAGAUUUUUAAAUGCUAGCUGGGAACUGCCACCAAAUGUAAAAAGAUUUGUAUGUUGUAAUUAUUCAUUAGAUUUUAUUGUAAAAAAGUUUUGUGGGGUGUUAGGGGAAAGUUAGGCCCUCUAUCUCAGGUUUAGUGUUUGUAGUUCGUUAGGUGUUAAGUACAAUAAGUGAAAAACGCAAACUGAUUAAAACAUUCCUCGUUUUAUUAUUAUUAUUAUUAUUUUCGUCUUUAAGAUUUUAAGCGUUGACGCACUUAUUUAUUAUUUGAUGGGUUUCGUUUCAUUUUAAGCUCACAACACAAUAGGCACACACGUUUUAUUAAUUGCGACUCUAGACGAUUUUUUUUUUUAUUAUUUAAUAUCCCGGUGAUCGAUUUUAAGCAAUAUAAUCAGUUCGAACUGUUGAACGCCUAUUGUGAUUCCUGGCAACUUGGAUAAGGAUCUGGCCAACGAAGUGAUACGUUGGCCAAAAUUUGUCAUCAAAAAGUUGCGUUUCCAAAAUUUUCCGAAAAUAACGUGGGUCAUCUUUUUCGAUUGAUUUUUUUUGUUUAGGAAUCAAAACAAUUUGCCUUAUAAACGACAACAAGCGUGCUCUCUUUCUAGUUGUAUCCGUAUAUUAACGAUAUUAAGAUAUUAAUUACUAUAGGUUUAGGGUAUUGGGUAAAUGCCAUCCAAACGAAUGGCAGUGAAAGACUGUAGUAGGGAUACCAGGUAGGGUAGCCGCUGCCUCAAAUGAAACAUGGCGGUUACUUAAUAAAAACACUUUUAAGCAUAGAAGAGUGAAUACGGUCCACUUUGUAGUUUUGUAAAAAGUUUAAAUGGUGCUCUUGAAAUAUCAUUUGGUUUUUUUUUUUAAUUAUUACCUUUUAGUUUUGUCAAAUUGUCGCGCGAAUCUCGUUUUUCAUCAACGUUAAUUUACAAGUUUAUCUGAAAAAUUCAACUGCCACAAUUACAAUCGUAGUUUUUCACAUAAUCAUUGUUUCUUAUCCGAAACUGUUUUGACGUUCGAGUAACGUCCAUGAAAUGUUUUUUGGUUAAAUCUUUAAUCUUAUCAUUACUUUAGUGUUGAAUUGUGACCAUUUUUUAACGUAAUUCAAUUGGAUAUUGUCAAAAUCGUUUCGUAUAGGUAGUACUCAAAAACGUGUUUUUACAUUAAAUAGCCGUUGUUACAGUUUCGAAACAAUUUCGCGCUAAAUUGUGAUUCCGCGGUGAUUACAUAUAUACUUUCUCACUUCGUUUUACGGACGGUCCGCCGCCCUUCCCCCCAGUUUUUUAAAGAUUUGGCUGCCAUUUUAAUCGUGUUGAUUUUGGCCGAUCGUCCUCUUGAAAUUUGCACACCACCAUAUCAGUAAUGAACGUGAAAAAAAAAAGACACUGUCUUCAAGUUUUAAUUUUACAUGUACGUCGUGCCAAAAUUUUUGCUUAAAAACUUAUUGCUCACAGCGGAAUGUAAUCCGCAUACGCUUAAUAGCUGUGUAUAUUAUCUUAUAUUAAUGCAAUAUAUAUAUAGUGUGUGUAUAUAUUGGCUGAACCACUGUACAAUUGUUAUAAUUUCAUAGUAUAUAAAUGGAAAAAAAACUUGUAAAUUUUUACUUAAAUUAAUCGUAGGUUUAGGAGAGUGUUACUAUAUAUUUAAGGUUAAUAAAAAAAUAGUAUUAAUUAAAGGUAUAUAUUUAAAAAAACAAAAAAAAACUGACGCGACAGCAAGAUUCACACCGCCACACCGAUGGUGGCAAUGUAAAAGUAUUCCCAGUCCUGUGUAACGUAUUAAAAUUUCUAACCUCUUUAUAUAUAUAUUUUUUUCGUCCUUGGUCCCGCGUCUCCACCCCCGUCCCCUGCUUCAAUCAGAAAACCAGUGUGGGGUGUUUUGGGCGGUGGAUUGGCGUGGCACCGUUUAUUAUUCUGCAUGCUCUAGGUUUUUAGAUUAGGUUUUGGGUUAAUCGUUAAGAUACUGUUUAAGUGUGUUCAAAGAAUAUAGUUAUUUAUGUAAAAGAUGCUUUUUGUGUUAUUGCUUUUAUUUUAUUUCCAUUUUUUUGCUUAGCGGUUAAGUUGGAAUUAAAAACAAAAAAAUUUUAAGCAUAAUUUAUUACGGACAAUGUUUUUAUCAAAUUGGUUGACUAUUAUUAUUAUUAUAUACUCCCGUUGUUCGAUUUAGAACUUUGUUUUUAUUUGUAUAUUUAGACUGUUUACAUUUUACCUAGAAGGAUCCUGUACAAAAUUCUUUUGUGAUAUAUGUAGAAUUUUUGUGAUAUACGACUAUUUAUAUUUAAAAUUAAAUUCAUCUUUAUUGUAACGUAUUUAUUGUCUAUACUUUUUUAAAUCUACCAGAGUAUAAAAAUGCAAUAAAGUCGUACAAGGAACAAUCAUUGCCCCCGUACAAUCCUAAUUGUCCCCGAGUAAGUCGCGUAGAUUUAAAUAGGUCUAGAACGCAUUUUGUUUGUAAAAUGUAAACAGAAUUGUCGAACUCCUCUCGUUACCAUGCAUCACAAUUUAAAGUCGCGACGGUCCGCAAGUUCCCAACACAAAAAAUGAAAAGCUUGCGGCAUCGCUCGCGAUCGAUUCCGGUUUAGUUUUGAGAAUUUUCGUAACGUAUGGCCUAAACAGUUCCCUCCUUUAACUUCUAGUCCAACACACAAGUAUGCCUGAAUUGAUGAUUCCAUUUCUUAUAGCAUUUGUUGUUUGUUUUAUUGAUUAAUUUUAUGUAGAUGAGAUAUGUUUAAGUGAUCCUAUUUUUUUUUUUUAAAUAGCGAGACGAAUGCUGAAGAAGCCUUUUCGAAAAUCUUCCAAAAAAAAAAUAUAAAAAAAACUCGUGUAGUUCCUUUUUAUACAACAUCGGCUCGCCAGAAAAUCUGAUUAUGAUUGUUUCAUACGACUGAGCCCCUGGUUGUGUUUUUUGCUUACGAUUAGUUCCCAGUGGCGUCCGACUUUUAAAGGGCAUCGUUUUAUAUGUGAUGGUAGAACAAAACUCGACUUCAUAUUAAUUAAGUAUUCGAUUUGAAAUAAACAAUGCAAAUUUGAUGCCCUUUCGAAGUUCACCGUCCGACCUUCUAUUUUACCUUUUGUUUCAACAGAUCCAAAUGUGAUAUUCUGACAAUUUAUAAUGAAAACUACAUAUUCUCACAUCCAGAGCUACCUUAAAAAAUAAACUUUGACAUCGCUUAUAUAAGAAAGUAAAAGUAAGAUAAAGAACUCACAGAUAUUCUUCUUACUUUUCACUGGCUUAACGUGUCUUUCUGGCAUUUAUAUCUUAUCGGACAAUUAGGGUGGCGAUGCCGUUGUGUGAAUGAUCUGAAGCGAAUCUCAGAGAUGUCCGACAUAAAAAUAUUAUUGGGAGGGUGAACUUUAGGGGACCAGGCCAAACUAAUGUCACGGUGAUAUCAAAUAAUUUAGACAAAAAAAAGAAAAAUAAGAAAAUCAAAUAUGUAAGUACACCCCUAAAAUUAUGUAUAAUAAAGAUACAUUUCAAUAAUAUAAAAUUAAAUAAUAACUCAAUUGUAUGUGUAGGGAAAUGAAAAACAAAAAAACUGUAUAAAUCUAAAAAAUUACUCGCCUGCACUGUUGUACUAUAUAUGAUAUGAUAUAAUUCUAAAUUUUGACGGUCAUAUUUGCCUAGCUGUCCAAAUGAAAACGCUAAUUGUUGUCUACCAAUUGGACAGUGCAUGCGAGCGCCUAGAAAUAAGUUAGGUUAUUGUAAGUGCUUUCAAGCGACUCUUGAACGAGUUGUUACGCUCUGUACUUGUAACCCAAAUGACCAGUAUGCAUUCAGUAAUAAAGGUUGUCUUAAAUGUA